AUGUACUUUGCUGAAACAGGAACAAACUUCAAUCUUGUUCAUUGUUACAACAUCUUGUCCAAGCACCUGAAAUGGGAGGCUAGAAAACCAAAGCUCAAGGUGUCACAUAAAAAACAGUUUGGAAAGGGCAAGGUGGUAAGCUCUGCCCUCGCUACUGUUGGUGGUGCCAAAGAUGAGGAAGAAGAUGGAGAAGAAGAAGAAGAAGAAAAAGAAGAAGAAGAGGCUGGAUCUCGUCCUAUAGGAAGGAAACAAGUGAAGACCCAAGUGGCAGAACAGAAGAUGCAGGAAAAGCAGCUCAAAAAGGCUCUCUCUGUGCAAGCUGAGAUGAUGAAAAAGGGCAAACGAUCACUUCAAAGGGUUGAGGACCUCCGUGUCUUGUUCAUGAACCCUCUCUCCAUUGAAAAUCCUAGAGACCGCCAGAUGAUUAUGGACCAGCAACUGAAGAUUAGAGAGAGGGGUAUAUGGGAUGAGCCUGCCAUCAAUAACAAUGAUAGUAGCAGUGAUGUUGUAGUUCUUGACAGCAAUUGA